AGGUUUUCCUUUACAAAUGAAGAUGGGGAGGAGGUGGACAUUUCCUUUGGAUCUGAUGAAAAUGAAGUUUUCAAAACCGGAGAGUCCGCCACCCAGUUCCCACAGGAGUAUAUCUUUGAGUCAGACACUGAAAGGUUCCACCUCAUCGACACUCCAGGCAUCGGGGACAGUAGGGGAAUUGAUCAGGAUAAGAAAAACUUUGCGAACACCUUGGACUUCCUUCAAUGCUUCGACAAGAUAAGUGCCGUUGUUGUGCUUCUCAAACCAAACAAUGCAAGGUUGACGGUAGCUUUUAAGUUUUGUGUCUUGGAAUUGCUGACCCACCUUCACAAGUCACUGGUCUCCAACAUAAUGUUCGCCUUUACCAACUCCAGGGGAACUUUUUACAGACCAGGAGACACUCUUCCAGCACUGAAGAAACUUCUAAACGAAAAACAGAUUUCGAUCGAUGUCUCAAAGGAAAACUAUUUUUGCUUUGACAACGAAGCCUUCAGGUUUCUUGCCUGCAAAAAGAAAGGGGAAGAGUUCACACAGAGAGAAAUCGAUCUUUACUCGGAGAGCUGGGUCCAGUCACGCGAAACAACUCUCAAGCUAUUGGCACGAGUGCUGGGACUGAAGCCCCAUGAUACAAAGGAGACGUUAAGCCUGAACGAGGCGAGAAACUACAUAAUCGCCCUAAGCAAACCGAUGGGGGAAGCUGUUGACCUGAUAAAUAGGAAUUUGAAAGCAAUUGAAGAUAGAAGAAAGGAGGUGGCGGGUUGUGAACAAAAUAUCAAGACUUUCGAAGCUCAACUAAAGUUCACAGGGUAUGAGCUGAAGAUUGAAAAACUUGACUAUCCCAUGACUGUUUGUACUUCUGAAGGGUGCAAGAAAUAUGAAAACAUCGGUGAGACUAGAGAGAGAAAUACAAUUUAUA